AUGAAUUUUUUGACAACUGUCAAACUUUCUUCUCCUAUAAUUCGGCUCGGUAGAUAUUAUUCCUCUUUAUAUAGACCAGUUGUUACUGGAAAACAGUUUACAGAGUCGUUUCGCGUUUAUCUCGAGAAGGAUGGCAGAAUAAUAUCACCUUUUCAUGACAUUCCACUUUAUGUUGAUCCUUCUGAAAAGAGCAUUGUUAAUAUGGUCGUUGAGAUUCCAAGAUGGACAAAUGCUAAAGUCGAAGUUGUCAAUAAUGAGAAAUUCAAUCCUUUGAUGCAAGAUAUCAAAAAAGGAAAGCCAAGAUUUGUCCGUAACUGUUUCCCUCACAAAGGUUAUAUCUGGAACUAUGGCGCAUUGCCACAGACAUGGGAAGACCCCACUUGUCUACAUAGCGAGACUGGAGCCAGAGGAGAUAAUGAUCCCAUUGACGCUAUUGAAAUCGGAGAAGGUGUAGCUAAGCGAGGAGAAGUAAAGCAGGUCAAAGUAUUGGGUAUUAUGGCCAUGUUGGAUCAAGGAGAGACCGACUGGAAGGUUGUGGUCAUUGAUACAAAGGACCCUAUGGCAGCAAAAUUAAAUGACAUUGAUGACGUGAAAAAACACUAUCCGGGAUUAUUAGAUGCUACAAAGCAUUGGUUUGAAGUAUACAAGAUUCCUGAUGGAAAAGAAAGAAACGAAUUUGCUUUUAAUGGCGAAUGCAAGGACAAAGCUUACGCUAACUGCAUUAUUGCUGAAACUCAUGAAGCAUGGCAGAAAUUGAUUCACGCCAAAAUUCCACACAAGACAGAGACUUAUAAUAUAAGCGUAGAAAAUACGUCUGUUGAAGGAUCACCAUUUAGAGUAGAAAGUGAACCUCUUAAAGUGACGGAAAUACAUGAAGUUGUACGAGAGGAGGAUAGCGAAGACUAUAAUGGCAAGUGGUAUUUUGUUUAA